GAAUCAGUGACAUUCAAGGAUGUGGCUGUGGAAUUCACUCGGGAGGAGUGGGUACAAUUGAACCGAUCUCAGAAAAAGUUGUACAGGGAUGUGAUGCUGGAGAAGUAUAAGAGCUUGGUCUCUUUGGGAUUUGCAGUUUCCAAACCAGAUGUGAUCUACCAGUUGGAGAGAAAGGAAGCAUCUUGGAUGCCAGAGGCAGAUAUUCCAAGAAACAGCUGUCCAGAGAGCAGAGAAUUUACUGGAAAUAAACCUCUUGAAUGUAGUGAAUGUGGGAAGGCCUUUAGGAGCAAGAACCAUCUUGCUCUGCAUCAGAGAAUUCAUACUGGAGAGAAACCUUAUAAAUGUAGUGUGUGUGGGAGUGCCUUUUGGAGUAAGUCAGGGCUUACUGUGCAUCAGAGAAUUCAUACUGGAGAGAAACCUUAUGAAUGUAGUCAAUGUGGAAAGGUAUUCAGGAAGAAGGUAUAUCUUAACAUGCAUCAGAGAAUUCAUACUG